AUGGGAACUAAGCUCCAAUUUAGCAGUGCUAGUCAUCCCCAGACAGAUGGUCAAACUGAAGCUAUAAAUAGGAUUCUUGGUAAUCUUCUUCGCAGUUUCGUGGGGAAGAAUUUGAAGCAUCCACUAGACUUGAGCCCUUUACUUGAUAAGCAGCAAUACAGCUUUGAUGCUGACCAAAGGGCUAAGGAAAUUAAGAAGUUGCAUGAGCAAGAACGAUUUCCUAAACAGCCAAACACCAAGUUGUCUCCAAGAGCUGAUGGUCCGUUCAAGAUAGUGCAAAGGAUCAACAACAAUGCUUACAAGGUGAAAUUACCUGAUUCUUAUGGUGUAUCUGCCACCUUCAAUGUCGCUGAUUUAUCUCCAUACAUUGAUGAAGAUGAUAAAUUUGACUCGAGGGUGAGUUCUUCCCAACCCGAGGAGGAUGAAAUGGAAAGAGCAGAAACGAGUUGA